AAUAAGAAAACUUUGUUCUUUAUGAUGUGGAGUAAAGAAAAACCAGAAACAGAACAGAUUGUGAAAGGAAAAAGUAAAACUUCUGUGGUAGAAAAAAAAAGAAGUGUUCUUCAAAUAUGUGGCCUUACUAAUUAAAACACAACACUAGAUUUGUAAUGAAAUGGAGUCUGGAUCAAGCUCUUUUCGAGUGGAAUUUCCAGAUUUUUCUAGCACCAUUUUGCAGAAGUUAAACCAGCAGCGCCAGCAAGGACAAUUAUGUGAUGUGUCCAUUGUAGUUCAGGGCCAUCUCUUCAGAGCCCAUAAAGCUGUUCUUGCUGCCAGUUCACCUUACUUCUGUGAUCAGGUGCUUCUGAAAAAUAGCAGACGAAUAGUCCUGCCUGAUGUGAUGAAUCCAAGAGUAUUUGAAAACAUUCUUCUAUCUACCUAUACGGGUCGGUUGGUUAUGCCUGCUCCAGAAAUUGUGAGUUAUUUGACAGCAGCAAGUUUUCUUCAGAUGUGGCAUGUAGUAGAUAAGUGCACUGAAGUGCUAGAGGGGAACCCGACAGUUCUCUGUCAGAAGAUGAACCAUGGCAGUGAUCAUCAGUCCCCAAGUAGUAGUAGUUACAAUGGCCUUGUUGAAACCUUUGAACUUGGCUCUGGAGGACAGACGGAAUUCCACAAAGUGCAAGAGCUGAGAGAUGGUGAAAAUGAAGAAGAAAGCUCUAAAGACGAACUGUCAUGUCAACUAACAGAACAUGAGUACCUUCCCAGUAAUUCUUCAACAGAACAUGAUAGACUCAGCACAGGAAUGACAAGUCAGGAUGGUGAAGAAGGGACUAGUGAUAGUGCAGAGUAUCAGUAUACAAGACCUAUAUAUAGCAAACCCAGCAUUAUGUCUCACAAGCGAUGGAUCCAUGUGAAACCAGAAAGAUUUGAACAGGACUGUGAAGGUGUUGAUAAUCCAUAUGAUGAACACCAAGUUUCUGAAUCCAUGAAUGCCAUUCAGGCAGAUCAUUCCAUCCAGUCAUCAGGUGUUGAAGAUUUUCAUAUAGGUGACAAAAAGAUGGAAGCAGAAUUUGAUGAGCAGGCAGAUGAAAGUAAUUAUGAUGAGCAAGUUGACUUCUAUGGCUCUUCUAUGGAAGAAUUUUCUGGUGAAAGGGCAGAUGGAAAUUUAAGUGCUCACAGACAGGAUCUUAUGAUAGCAGCAGGUUAUGGUGAAGGUAUUGAAAUGGCUACAGGAAUUAAAGAAGAAACAUCCCUUACUGGAUUCUCACAUGCUGAUAAGCUGUAUCCUUGUCAGUGUGGUAAAAGCUUUACACACAAGAGUCAGCGAGAUCGGCAUAUGAGUAUGCAUCUUGGUCUUCGACCUUAUGGCUGUGGUGUCUGUGGUAAGAAAUUCAAAAUGAAACACCAUCUUGUUGGCCAUAUGAAAAUUCAUACAGGCAUAAAACCGUAUGAGUGUAACAUCUGUGGGAAAAGAUUUAUGUGGCGGGACAGUUUUCACCGGCAUGUAACUUCUUGCACCAAAUCAUAUCAAGCUUCUAAAGCUGAGCAAAGUACUACUGAGAUGAACUAAAACAUCAGUGCUUACAUUUGUUUAGUAGAGUAAGCAAAAUAAACUAAUUAUGCAAAUAGCGUCUGGUACUUGCUAUUGUGAAACUUAAAUUCUCAAAAAAAGUUCUAAUGAUUAUGCUGGUAUGAGCAGACCAAACCAUUUUUUAUUUUCUAUAGUAUUGCUGCAAGUUUGUUAGAUGUGUGAAGUGCAAAUGAUUAAUCUGAAAGAAGCUUACCAGAUGAGGUCUGUAAGGUCUUGGUUGCUGAUUGCCUUUGUGGCACUGUUCAGAAGCCCCAUUGUUUUUCUAAGUCUUGUAUAUUCACAGUAAACCCCAAUUCUAAACUGACCCAAACUCUGCAAAUAUUUGCAUAAAGCAGAUGUUCAGGUAGCCUUAACAGGAAAGAGAACCACGAGGAUGACCACACUGGGUUAUGUGGACUAUCUGUUAAUAAAAUUUGUGUGAUUCAUGUUUUAAUGGAGGAAAGAAAAUAUAUAUAAUUCCACCUCAGUCUGGAGACUGCCAACAUGCUUAACAUGCUUUAUUAAAUAGCCCUUAUUGUAUUGCUUAAUGAAAGGCUAUAUUAAGGCUAGUUUGGCUUUUCUUUAUCUGUCUUUGCUUUUUUUAAAUCCAUCUUUAGUAAAACAUCUAGUUGUCUAAU